AUGAUCGUCGCUUCUCUUCUACUCAUCAUCAUCGACCCCCGAUUCACACAGCACCGAGUUCCAACUCCCUCGGCACGAGACAGGAUCGUCCCUCUCCGACCCUCACUUGUAUCUUCUUCUUUUCCGGAUCAACCAUCCUGCGCCAGCAGGCAACAACUACCGCAAUGGAGGAGCUCCUCAUCCUCAAACUCAAGCAACAAAUCCCCUGCAUCUCCUUACCUCCUUUCCAGGAUCCGAGACUACGAGCAGCGUCACAAGCGCUGCGAUCCCCACUCCGAAUCCUUCCUACGAAACUCUCAGGAACUCGUCAGGGUGAACAAUUCCCCUGACGCCCUGCUGACAAGAAGCAAAGACCUAGCGCCCGAUUGCAGAUACAUCGUGUGGGUGCCGGUCAACGGACUGGGGAACAGAAUGCUGAGCCUGGCCUCGUCUUUCGUCUACGCUCUCCUCACCGAUCGAGUCCUCCUCGUCGAUUUCGACGAUUCCAUGUCCGGCCUCUUCUGCGAGCCGUUCCCGGACGACGCGACCUGGCUCCUCCCAGGCGACUUCACUUUCAAGGGCCGGUCCAACGGUGAAAAAUUCAGGGGAGUUUACAGCCUGGGGAACCUGUUGGAGAAGAGCGAGAAGAAGCAUGACGAGGAAAUUGCUGUACAAGCCACCGCGCUCCUCUACCUUUACCUCUCCGGAGACAACAAUUACGACAUGCUUUUCUACAGAGACGACACUCAGAAGCUCCUGACGAACGUCCCCUGGCUGGUCCUGCGAUCGGACCAGCACUUCGUCCCUUACUUCUUCGUGAUGCCCGGCUUCAGGGCGGAACUGGACCGACUGUUUCCCGACAAGGAGGCGGUUUUCCAGCACGUGGGGAGAUACCUGUUUAGCCCGACGAAUCGUGUCUGGGGUCGCGUCGCCAGAUUCUACGACACUUACCUGGCGAAGGCAGAGCAGAGGAUCGGGCUCCAGGUCAGGGUAUUCUACCCUGACAAAACCCCUGCUUCCCUCAUGCUGCCGCACAUCCUGAGAUGCAUGCAGGUGGUGUCGGGAAUCCUGCCGCGAUUACAGCAAAACGAAACCAGUCCUACUUCCUCCGCUACAAGAAGCAGGACUCUGAAAGCGGUUCUUGUGGCAUCGCUCCUGGAGGAGUUCUACACGGAACUGAAGGACAUGUACUGGAUGAGGCCGGCGGCUGACGACGGGGAGGGAGGAGGAGGAGGAGUGGCGGCGGUUGGGGUUUAUCAAACGAGCCACGAAGGAUGGCAAGAGACUGGCAACGGCGCCCACAAUGUGAAGGCGCUUGUGGAUAUAUAUCUGCUGAGCAUGUGCGACGUGCUUGUGACGAGCCAUUUCUCGACGUUUGGGUACGUGGCGCAUAGUCUGGCAGGGUUGAGGCCCUGGUAUUUGCAGAAUCCUGGCGACUACGAGGCGAAGCGGAACGAGCCAGCUUGCGUGCGUGCGGUUUCGCCGGAGCCGUGUUUUCAUUUCCAUCCUUAUUAUGAUACCAAUAGUGCAAAUCAUGGCGACGCGGCAGGAGGCGGCCCUGCUCCUGUAAUUAUGAACUGUGAAGAUUACGAAUGGGGAUUCAAGCUUGCGAAUCUCAAGUAUUGA